CUUUCUUCACCUGUGCUACAGGGCAUUAUGCUGACCAUGACAGUUGCAGACCUUAAAUUCCUCUGAUAGAGCAUUUGAGGUCAACUGCCAAGCUCUCAGUGGAGAUGGAGUAAAGCACCUUUAUCUAAGCCUUCACUAACACAGUACUCAGCCGUGACUCAGAGAGGGCACCACCAAGGAGUUGAAUGAUUUAUUUAUGAGGACUGUUCCUUAACUAUCCGCCUGCAGAUCACAAGGCCUCUCAGCGCUUAUGCCUUCAGGCUAACUUGAAACAGAUAUUCUCAGCAGUGCAUGGUCCUGUUAGCCCACAUUGCAGUUCCACGUGCUUCACACUGUCCACCAUGCCAACCUUACCCGAAGACAAGGGACAAUCAAAAGAGGCACAACACAACAGUUCUCCUCCAGCCAAAGACACUACUGUUGAAGGGACAACAUGCAGUACACCUUCUGUUGUUCUUCCAGAGAAUGCUGUUACGCCAGAUGUAGAAAUUGAUAAAAAUCUGCUUAACAGGCCUCGUAGUCCUCAUAGGAGACAUUCUAACCGUGCCACUAGGAAUCCAACAAGUUCAUUGACUUCUGUUGACAACAGCGGUCAUGUGAUUGAUCUGGUAAAUGAUCAGCUACCAGAUGUCAAAAUAUCAGAGGAAGACAAAAAGAAGAACCUUGAAUUACUAGAAGAAGCAAAGAAAGUGAGCGAGAGGUUUCUAAUGCGCAGAGGCAGAAAGUCAAGAAGCAGCCUUCAGGAAUCACCCACAGCUGUUUCCCCUACACUUAGUCCUAAAGUUUCACCAGUAGCAUCUCGGAGCAACUCUCUCAGUCUUCCAGUUCCAUCAGGGUCUGAUGCAUGCACAACCACUAGUGUCGAGUCAGUAUCUCCAGGGCAGAAUAUCAGAACUGUCAAAGAGGAUGACAGGCAAACUGCAGAGAAUGCUGCAAAAGGAUUAAUUGAUCGAAGGCAGAAUGAUCAAAGAAAGAUUUCUCAGGGAAGGUUGGUUCCUCGUUCUGCUGGUUUUGAAAACUCCAAAGAGAAGCUCUCAGAACAAAAAGAAAACUUUGAUCCACGUAAACAUAUGGAUACUUUACCUAAAUGCUCCCCUUCAGGUGGUGAUGGUGGCAGAACGUCUCUUAACACUUGCAUGAAUGUUUGUGAAAAUGAACUUGGAAAGUCAUUCCUCAAGAAAGCAAAAGAUAAUGAUGUUCCUUUAAGAACCCAUCUACCAGGACCAGGAGUAGGAAAUAUAGACUCGAAGCUAAAAAUUCCUGUUCCAGAAAUGAGGGACCAUAAAGUUUCAUGUAAACCAGAAUUUAAACUGUGUGGAGUACGUCCUCCUCUACUACGGGCUGUAUCAUGGGAUAGCUUGGAGCCUGGACAGAAGGAUAAAACACCUUUAAAAUUACCAUCUGAGGAAGAUAAAAGCUUUGUUGUUGGUAAUAAAUCCACCAAUCAAUUAAAAGCAUUCAAAGACCUUCAAAUCCAAGUUCAACCAGUUCGAAUGCAGAAAUUGACAAAGCUCAGAGAGGAGCAUAUUUUGAUGAGAAAUCAAAAUUUAGUUGGACUUAAACUUCCUGAACUUAGUGAAGCAGCUGAACAGGAAAAAGGCCCUUCACCUCUCCCUUCCCCCACUGAAGAGGAAGAGACAAAGAAUAGCUCUGACGUCAUGCCCAGCAUUCCUGAUGUAUUGCUGCGAAAACUACGAGUGCACAAAUCGCUUCCAGGAAGCUCCCCUCCACUUACUGAAAAAGAAGUUGAGAAUGUAUUUGUACAACUUUCCUUGGCCUUUAGAAAUGAUAGUUAUACCUUGGAAUCUAGAAUUAACCAAGCAGAGAGAGAAAGAAAUCUCACUGAAGAGAAUGCUGAGAAGGAACUGGAAAACUUUAAAGCAGCCAUUACGUCUUCAGCUCAUUUAUGGCAUCACUAUGAACACAGAGAAGCUUACCAGAAGCUAUUGGAGGAUAUUGCUGUUCUGCGGCGUUUAGCUGCUAGACUAUCUAGUCGUGCUGAGAUGGUUGGAGCCGUUCGCCAGGAGAAGCGUAUGUCAAAGGCAACAGAAGUAAUGAUGCAGUAUGUGGAAAAUCUGAAAAGAACAUAUGAAAAGGAUCAUGCUGAGCUAAUGGAGUUCAAGAAACUUGCCAAUCAGAAUUCUAGCAGAAGCUAUGGUGCACCUGAAGAUGGAGUACCUCGUUCAUCUAGAUCCAUGUCUCUUACUGUUGGAAAGAAUAUGCCUCGGAGGAGAGUCAGUGUUGCUGUUGUUCCUAAAUUUAACUCCUUAAGCAUUCCUGGUCAGUCACCAACAGCUUCACCCAUACCUUCAAUGCCAUCCCUGUCUGAGUCACCUAGUAAUGGAAGAAGCAAUCUAACAUCUACUCCUGUUCUGCCAGCACUUUUAGAAAAUGGAAAGACUAAUGGAGAGCCUGAGUGUGAAACCUCUACUUCUGUGCUGACACAGAGUGGGUUGGAAGAGAUCAAUCCUGAAACUAAAGCCAAGAUAGAAGAGGAAGCAUAUAACAAAGGCUAUCAGGAAGGCUUGAAGAAAACCAAAGAACUUCAGGAACUGAAGGAAGAAGAUGAAGACACACCAAAAGAAAGUCAUGAUGAACAUGAAGAAAGUGAAAAUGAAGAUGAGAUAAAAAACCUGAAAAGCAGCAGACUUGAAGUCAUCAUUAAUUAUUUACAUAUACUGUACCCCAAACUGUGUAAACACUGGAAUGUGGUAUGGCUUGUAGUGGCUGCGAUAAUCAUUUUUGCUGUGGUGUUGGGAAUAUACCAUUCAUACAACUCCUGUGAUGAAAAAUCAGAGGGACCUGAAGGGAAGGCCAGCUGUUCUGCUGCCCAUCAGUAUUCCUGGUGGAACUCAGGAUUUCAACAUGAGCAACGCACUGAAUAAUAAAGGAACAAUCAUGUAUUUAUGGUA